AUGGGAGUCUAUGAGGGGGAUAACCCCCUCGAGAAGUCGCCCUUGGCUCUGUUCAUCAUUCAAAUGCUCAUAGUGGUCAUCGUGUCCAAGGCCCUCAGCUACUUCUUCAAAUUUAUCAAACAGCCUAGCGUGAUUGCCGAGGUGCUCACGGGCAUCCUGCUGGGGCCUUCUGUGAUGGGCUUUGUGCCCGGCUUCACCGAGACCAUCUUCCCUACCUCCUCCAUUCCCACCUUCAAAGUCAUUGCCUAUUUGGGCCUUAUUCUGUUCAUGUUCUUGAUCGGGCUGGAGCUGGACCUUAGCAUCAUGCAGAGCAAUAUCAAGGGGUCCACCCUCAUCUGCAUCACCGCCAUGGUGGUGCCCUUCGGCCUGGGCGUCGGCGCCGCCGGCUACCUCUACCACGAGCUACCCAUGGCCAAGUCGGCGACAUUCGUCACAUUCAUGCUGUUCGUGGGCGUGGCGGUGUCGAUCACGGCCUUCCCGGUGCUGGCCCGCAUCCUUACCAACCAGGACCUAACCCGCUCGAAGGUGGGCGUCGUCGCCCUUUCGUCUGCAGCCAUUGAUGACGUGGCCGCCUGGCUGCUGCUUGCCGUUGUGGUGUCCAUCGCGGGUUCUUCGGGGCUGCUCAUCGCCCUGUACACCUUGCUCGUGUUUGUCGGCUACGUGCUCGUCAUGUUGAUCAUCGUGCGCCCCAUCCUCACCUGGCUGUCCAAGACUGUCAAUUCGCACAACACGAUGAAGCACGAGUUCGUGAUCCUCAUUCUUGCUCUACUCUUCAUCUCGGCUUGGGUUACCGACAUGAUAGGGGUGCACUCCAUGUUCGGCGGAUUCCUAUUGGGCGUCAUCACUCCACGCAACCACCUAGUGGCCCUGCGAAUCACCGAAAGAGUUGAGGAGUUGAUAAUGAUCAUCUUGCUGCCGCUCUACUUCACGUAUCUGGGCCUGAAGACCGACCUGAGCACCAUCAACUCACACCAGGCUGGCGUGUCGGUCGUGCUUAUCAUUCUGGCCUCCAUGAUAGGAAAGAUCGGGGGCGCCGCAGCAGCCGCACGCCUGCUGCGUAACUCGUGGAGGGAAUCGUUGACGAUUGGCUUCUUGCUCAACACGAAGGGCCUGGUGGAGCUGGUCGUGCUCAACGUGGGCCUCGACAUCGGCGUCCUCACCAACCAGGUGUUCGCCAUCUUCAUGAUCAUGGCUCUCUGGAACACAUUCCUCACAACACCGGCCGUGUGGCUGCUCUGGACACGACGAGAGAAACAACACAACCCCAAGCGGGUCAAACGCUCUGGUUACUCGGUGCUGGUGUGCAUCCAGGAGGCGAGGACAGGUGUGUCGAUGGUGACCAUAGCCGGCGCCCUGGCCAAGGCCCACGCCAAGGGCACUAACUCCAGACGCAAGCCCCAGGUCAAGGCCAUCCACCUCAAGGAGAUCUCUGAGCGACCCUCCACAUAUUUCUUCGCUCUGCGGUUGGACAAGUCUGACGUUGUCGAGUUCGCCCGGCAGCGAGCACUGAUGCUGGGCGUCAAUUUCAAGGUCACUGCCCGCACCUCUGCCGACCUGGCCACAGACCUUAUCAAGGCCGCCAACUCGCGCGUGCGCGAUCUGGUAGUGAUAGGGUGGAACCGGCACCAACAAUUUGAUCGUAUCAACGAGGGAGGCCGCCGUGCUCAUCAACUCAUGCAACAUAUUCAAGCGCCCAUUGGAAUUCUGGUGGACAAUGGAAGACUGCGGCACCGGACCAAUGUAGAACGGGUUCUCUUCGUUUAUUCGUUCCACGCCUUCGAAAAGGCGGCGGUUAAGGUGGCGCUUGAGCUGGCCCAAGACCCCAAGGUGCAUCUUACCAUCAUCGUGCCCCGACAGGCGGCCCAUCACGACCACCUGCAGCAGCGACACAAUAGUCCGGACUUCACGACCAUCGACGGCCUGCUUCAGAUGCGCCAGCGGGCCGAGUCCGACACUGCUGCCUCUACCUCGGACGACGACAAUCAGGCCCACCACAAGAACGACAAGAGUGACGGUGGCGCGAAGCCGACGAAGAAGAAGGGUCCGGCCUGGUACGAGUAUUUUGACAUUGUGUUCCUGAUGCGGCUGCUGGUGCGAAUCGUGCAAGCGGCCUGGCGGCGGCUCGUGGCUCCGGGGAGCGGCACCGCGGCAGGCCAGCGAAGGGCUGCCGCACACGCCAGCCGCAGCCCCAUGACCGUCAGCCUGCCCCGCAGGCCUAGCAAGGAUGACUUGGAAAUGGCCGAACAGCACACACCGUACCACACGACAAGCCCAACGCAGGCUGAUGAAUCCGGUGACGGCCACGGCGUGGGCUUGGCUUCGGCUUUCUCGGCGGAGCAGAAGCGGGCCGAGGAGCAGCUCAUGGAGACCUUCGACGGCGUGCAAGCCCUCGUGCACGCCAGAUCCGCCAACAUGUCGCUCAUUGUGAGCGAGAGCGACGACGUGCUCGCCGAGGCGCUCGACCAGGAGGCCAAGCACGUGUACCAGAUGAUCGUGAUCGGCAACGAGCGCAAGUGGUCGCGCACGCACCAGCACGUGCACCACCUCAACCUCCACCGCCACCACCUCCCCCACAUCCACUUCGGCGGCCGGCGGGGGCGCGGACAGAGCGCCGACAGCAACAGCUCGGCCGAGGGAAACCUCGAGCAUGGCCAGACAGACAACGCCGACUACGACGAUGACGCUGAUGGUGAGUUCGUCAACGGUGGUGAUGAACACGACGGCUCGGUACACUUCAGCGAUCUUGUGGGAUCGUCAACGACGUCGCUGCUCGUCGUUCAUCCGCCGCUGGAAGCACAGGAAUGCGUGCGAGGUCCUGGUUGGCUGCCUAAGUGGCUGCGUGGUGGCUGCCAGGAGAGAACUGGGCGCCAAGGUGGCGAGGUGGAUGACGACGAGGCGCGCGAGGCCGGCGACAUGGCCGCGGACGAUGAACACGACCUGGCCAGUAACAGUAAGGGCCUUGAUGUGGAACAAGGCCGCAGCUGCGACACGAAGGAAUAG